AUGACAAUCACUCAACUCAAGCUCCAGGAGCCAAUCACGCUCCCAUGCGGCCUCACGCUCCCCAAUCGGCUGUCCAAAGCCGCCAUGGCAGAGAACUGGGCAGACAACGAUUAUCUCCCCGGAGAAAGAUUAUUCAACCUGUACGAAACAUGGGCUGAGGGCGGAUGGGGCGCGAUUCUCACAGGCAACGUUCAAGUCGACGUCCGACAUCUGGGCAGCCCUCACGACGUGAGCCCCAACGAAAAUAUCGACAGGGAAAGAAUACUUGCCGCGUGGAGGAAAUGGGCACAGGCAAUCUCCAAGAAUGGCACUCCGGCUAUCAUGCAGAUCAACCAUCCCGGACGACAAAGCCCAGCCAAAACCGGCACAAGAGGUUUCUUUGAGAAGUCGAUUGCUCCCAGCCCAAUUCCGCUGCACCUGGGCGACGGCAUCAUGGCCAAACUUGCUAGCGCGCUUGUCUUCGGAACGCCCAAAGAAAUGACAGUGGAAGAUAUUCAGCGCGUUGUCUCUCAGUUUGCGGAAACCGCCAGGCUGGCUGCGGAAGCAGGCUUCGCCGGCGUCGAGCUCCACGCAGCACACGGCUACCUGCUGUCUCAGUUCCUGAAUUCCUCAUCGAAUCAACGGCAGGACGAUUACGGCGGGUCGGCCAAGAAGCGGGCAAAAAUUGUUGUUGACACCAUUAGGGCCGUGAGAGACGCCGUGCCAAAGGGCUUCUGUGUCGGCAUCAAGAUAAACAGUGCAGAUUAUAAGAACAAGGAGCAGCUUGCCGCCUGCAUCGAGCAGCUUGAGGACAUCGCAGCUGCGGGCGUCGACUUUCUCGAAAUUAGCGGAGGAUCAUACGAAGACCCUCAAAUGAUGCAGACAUCGAAUCCCGCAUCCGCAAGCACCAUCCCACGCGAGGCAUUCUUCCUCGACUUUGCAAAGGCCAUCCGUGGUCGAUUCAGGCAUGUUCCACUCAUGGUCACAGGCGGCUUCAGGACGCGCAGAGGCAUGGAGAACGCACUUCAAGAGGACGCUUGCGACAUUAUCGGCGUUGGUCGCCCUGCCGCGCUGAACCCUUCGUUGCCUAAGAACCUCAUCUUCAAUACAGAGAUCAAGGACGAAGAUGCAAGGGCGUUCACGCGAAAGGCGCCGGAUCUGAUGCUUCCAAAGCUGCUCGGUAUCAAGGUAGUGGCCGGAGGAGCAGAAACUUCCUGGUACGUGAAGCAGAUGCAGUCUCUGCCAACAGUGGUAUAG